GUUGUUUUACGUGACAGUAGAGUGAGUAGACGCGCUACUAACUUAAGCAGCACCGCAAGAGCAGCGAAACUUCGCGUGCAGUACACCGAUCAAACACAACACUCAAACAAGGCGUACGUAAUACUUGUCAUCCCAAUGUGUAAUGUAAAAUAUGCAUUGUUCUUAACUCUUAGUACUAGUCUCGUCUCUCCCAAGGAAACGGCAUAACACUGAUCUUCUCAGUAUGGGUAACGUCUGCUGUAAACCUUCAGACAAUGAGGCGUCACCACAGACUGCUCAGCCAUCUGGCAGUCAAAGACCUGAUGAUACAACAGUUCGUGUGAAGCAGCCACAGAAGAUUCCCGAGCCAGUCACUGCAAGUAUUGCAGACGCUGGCCCUGCGGACAUUAAGCUGAGAAAAUUUGGCAACGAUGAAACCUUCGCCUACUCGAUUGUUCGCUUGGAGGGGAAGAUUGGUUCGGGGCAAGGUGCUGGCUCUACAUCGAUACAUAGCUCUGUGCAGUGGGGCUCAGAAAAGGCAGAAUCACAGGGCGAGUGGCCUGUGAUCAAAGGCCAUUUCAAAGUUCUUGUGCAUCUAUCCAAGGGAAAGAACAAGGUCAAGUUGCAGACAUCUACAGGCCACACUCACAGCCUCGAUGUGUUAAAUGACCCCACAGCACAGAACGAGGCAUCGCAUAGUGUGCGACUGAUCUACUAUGUGCAAAAGGAUGACGAUAGGGGCUACUUUACGCCCAGUUCUAAGCCUACUACGGUCGAGGACGCCAUCGAGCGCAUACAGAUGGCUGGGCUAAUGAUGCAGUGCUUCUGCGCAACCAAUCUGCGUACGCACGGCUUAGGAUCGUUCACUUUUGCACUGGAGAUGAUGGAUGACGGACGAGCUCGGCUGCCCAAAGUACAUGUUGUUUCUAGUCAAAUAAGCAGGAAGGAGAUGCGAACUAGGUGGCAUACAGGAGGUGACAACUGGGGCUAUGCGUUUGUGGCCGAGGACUUGCGCAAAACCUUUCCGGAGGAGGAAGCUGCGACCACUAAGGACAUUGUUUUCUUGUCAGCGACUGAGUACGAUAAAAAGAAACAGGCUGCGGUUAUGCACACGGCACUGGGUGGUGGUCGCCAGGGCUUGUUCGGUGGAGCUAGUCUGCACUGCUGGCCGGCAUCAGUCGCACAGAUAGCACCCUGUUUCCUGGACGAAAAGACUGUGGAUAAGAAAACGACCUUCGACGACAGUGGAGGCCGUGGAAAGUACUGGGCCAUGUACUCCACGACUCUUGGAGCAACUAUGCAUGAAGCGGGCCAUAUGUUCGGGCUACCGCAUAUCUACGCCACUACCACAGGCAACGGUAUAAUGGCACGAGGGUUCGACUAUUUCAACAGAUUCUUCUUAGCCAAGGAACCCAAUCAAGAGAAAGCCAUGCUUAUUCCUGAAGAAAGAAGGGGUGGCACCUGGAUAAGGGCGUCUGCACUGCACCUGAGGCAUUCGGAAUGGUUUGUGAGAAUGCGCUCGGUGGAGAAUGCGGAACGAGAUUUCCAUGAAAUGGAUGUGCCGAAUAUCACGCUGACCACUGCAUCCAAUGCGCAGAUAUACGACGAAGACGAUGAGCAAGAAGUGACUGGCGCACCCACAGCGACCACCGCGCCCGCAGCCACACCCACGGCCAUGAGCGAAGCAGGACGUACACACCACGUGGACUUAUCCCUGCCUGAGAAUGCGGGCAAUGGUCUGGUACUGCACUCUACGCCCAGGCCGUCUCCGUUGGCUGGGAUGAGCUUGGUGGAGUCUAUUAAGAGAAGAGGUACAGGAGACUUGGAUGCCAGUUUGGCUCAGGGCGGUGGGAUGAAUAUCGUAGUCUCCCCUGCCACCACACCCUCGCCCAAACCGGUGCCUACGGCGAGGAUGGCACCCCCAGAACCCGAUGAAGACGUUAUACGCAACUUACCGAAGUCCAAGUUUCACUACAAGAACACCGCCGGUGGAGGAUUUGUGUACUUGCCUGGAGAGCACCCAAUGUGGGCCGAGAUCGAAGCAACGGGAGCCGUCAAGUUCUUAUUUGAGGUCUAUGAGCCGGACAAGAGGUACAAAUGGUAUGACCCCGACAGUGUGUACAUGGAAGACGCAAGCAGAGGGUUCUAUGUGAGGAUAUCAGACAAUGACGGUGUUACACUGUCUGCUGAUGGGCAUCAGACCUGGAAAAAGUUGUGUUCGGGUGCUUGGGCCGAUGACAAGGACACGGUCCUCAAGACUAUGGCGAGAAGAGGGCCUGUUAUUGUCUCUAUCUCCAACGACGGAAAUCCAAUCGUGAAUCUGAGUUCCGUUGUCCCCCUGGCGCUGGUGAAGUUCAUCGUCAAGGAGAAUGGCAAUCUGUUUCAUCACCUAGAAUUCGCACCCGAAACACAUACAAUUGACUUCACAGACGAAUCCGUGAAGCGCAUGUGGAGGACGAAGCACGAGGACGCCGGUGUUGAAGCGCCUGAGUUAGAGGCAUACUUUGUGGAAGCGUGGGAUGUGAAAGGUCACUCAGCGCGUCAAGCAGUGAGAUGACCCCGUCACUUGUGCUCACAUGAACUUGAUAGAAGUGUUGGAAGCUAGCCCAGACAUCAUAGAACAAUCAGAAAUGUAGCGUCGAGCAAUUAGAAAUGUAACGUUGAGCAAUUAGAAAUGUAGCGUCAACCUUAAGAGGUAGUAAAAAUGUAGUCUUGUGGU